UGCAAGGCACCAUUCAUGAGAGUGCAUUUAGGAAUGGAUGAUGUCAUUGACGACAUUAUCAGCUUAGAGACAAGCAUGAAGGAUGACAUGGGCAAUGGUUACAUGGAAACGCCAAGUGUCCAGAUCCCCAACUCUCUGCCCAUCUCAAACGGCCUCCUGGACGGCUAUAUGGGGCACAGUCUGAUGGCAUCAUCCACCAUGGACAUGUCUGGCAGCUCCUUCGCCGGUGGCCUGCCCAGCCUGAAAAGAGAGCUCCCGGUCAGAGAACCUGAGGUCAGAGCUUUGGCCAAGGAAAGGCAAAAGAAGGACAACCACAACCUUAUUGAACGACGGAGACGGUUCAACAUUAACGACCGCAUUAAAGAGCUCGGCACGCUUAUUCCGAAAUCCAACGAUCCCUGCUGGAUGGAGCCAUCCCAUGGGGAACUGUCUGAUCACGCUCCAUCAUCCUGGGACAUGCGGUGGAACAAGGGCACCAUCCUGAAGGCGUCUGUGGACUACAUCCGGAGACUUCAGAAGGAGCAGCAACGAGUCAAGGAGAUGGAGAAUCGUCAGAGGCGGCUGGAGCAGACCAACAGAGGCCUAAUCAUGCGCAUGCAGGAGCUGGAGAUGCAGGCGCGAGCUCACGGCCUUCCCAGCAGCUCCCCGACGGGCCUGACCAACGGUGACCUCACCGGGCAGCAGCUUAUCAAGGCAGAGCCCGAGAUGGGGGGGCUCCAACGGCUCGACUUUGCCCUGCAACACGCCGAUACCGCCGUGUCGGGCAUACCGGACCUCGGAGGGGGCAUCACGAUCCUUGACCUCAACGAGGGGUCCUUCGGCUACACGGAUCCCCUGAGUCACCAUCAUCACCACCAGCAGCAGCAGCAUCAGCAGCAGCAGCAGCAUCAGCAGCAUCAGCAGCAGCAGCACCAGCAUCAUCAGCAUCGGCUGCCAACCGAGCUGCUCACGCACUUAGGCGAUCCGGUUGACCAGUUUGCCGAGUGCUACCCGUUCACAAAUGGGCUGCGGCUCAGGGACUUUCUUCUGGACGACGGCCUGUCACCCGUGGGGGGCUCGGACCCCCUCCUCUCGUCCGUCUCUCCCACUGCCUCCAAGACGAGCAGCUUCAGCGACGACGACGAUGAUGACGACGACGACGCCGACGGGAUUUGACGUCGCCGCGCUGAAUUAGCUUUUGACGGCCUGCCACGAUCUGUUUUUUGUUGUUGUUUGUUGUUGGUGGUGGUGUAUCUUUUAAAAAAUGUAUAUACAAAUGUACAUUGUAUAUGUAUAUCUUCAAAGAAGAUCGAAGCUCAAGUGAAUUAUUGAAAUGGUCAAAGAGAAUAUCUGCCUUUGUUUUGAAUUUAGUUUAAAUUGACUGUUAUACCUAAUACUUUUUUUUAUACGAGCCUCUGCCAUCUGUGUUUCACUUAUGAUAAAACUUGCAGCUCUACGGGUGAGGCAAGACUGCCGAUUCAGUGUGGGCAUGGUUGUGUUGAAUAUAAAAAAAACAAGUGCUGGGUUCAUGGCAGAUUAUUCCGUUGGAAAUGCAAAUCCACUUUUGUCAAGAGCGAAAUGGCAUGGGCAGCAACCCUUACUCAUUGAGCCGUUCCAAAAAUAAUCAUAGGUGAAACAUAAUAAUUUUUUUAAUUUAAUGUAGACCUUUUUGGUAAAAAUGUUUCUAGAAUAAUAAUUUUUAUAAAUGCAAAAAAAACAACAAAAAUAUUGAAAUGCCGUAGUAACACUGCCCAAUUUUUUUUUCUAAAAUGUUUGAAAAACUAUUUUACUUCAGGAAGAGUGGGUGGUAAUGAAGGUAGAUUAAUGUGCAUUUCAUAUAUAUAUAUGAAACACAAUUUUACAAUGAAAUAUUUUUCUAGGAUCUAACACUGGUUAUAACUUUAGAAAUGUUAAAGAUACUACACUACAAUGCAGAUUUGUUCUGAAACUUUUAUGAACCAACGAUUUGACAAAUAAUUUGACAAAUGUUUCUAUUGAUGUGGGAAAUGUAACGGUAUUUUCGUAUCAACAGCCCUAACCGAAAUUGAAAUGGCAUGUUUAGGACUUUUUAAAUGUUCCAGUUGAUUGCAUACAUGGAAGUAUUUAUAAUUCUAAGAUGAAUGGAUAAUCAUUAAAAAUGUCGGAAUUGUUUUUUUUCACAUUUCACUUUUGUAUGUUUUUGUAAAUUUCAAAUGAGAAAUGUUCACAUUCAUUAAAUUCAAUGUUUCACAAAAUUAUG